ACUUAUCAUAGUGAAAAGAUUACUUACGAAGAUGUAUUUUUAAUUUUUGAUUUGAUGAUGAUGAUUUUAUGGGAAGCAGAAAAAAUUUGAAAUAUGGAAAACGAUCUAAAAAUAUUUUUUUUUUUUUGAAAAAAUCGAUUAAUCAAUGAUCGUUCUAAAAUCGCCAUCCCUUUUGUAAAUCAUUGAAUUUCGUAAAUAUCAUACCUUUAGUAUUUGUUACUAAAACUGAAGUCUAUUAUUUAUUUAUGAUUUAGUAGUACGGUGAGGUUCAAUAAACUGAUAAAUAAAGAAUUUUAGAACGGCGUACCGCUAUUUUAUAACUCGUACAAAUCUCAAUAAAGAACAGCAUGUCGUCUCCUUUAGAAAAUCUUGAAACUCAACUUGAAAUGUUCAUUGAAAAUGUGAGACAAAUUCGUAUAAUCGUCAGUGAUUUUCAACCUCAGGGGCAAAGUGUACUGAAUCAAAAAAUUCAGUCCUUAGUGACCGGAUUGCAGGAAAUUGACAAAUUGAAGUCACAAGUUCAUGAUAUCCACGUACCAACAGAAGUCUUUGAUUACAUUGAUCAAGGCCGUAACCCACAGCUCUACACAAAGGACUGCAUAGAUAAAGCAUUGGCUAAAAAUGAAGAGGUGAAAGGAAAAAUUGAUUCAUACAAGCGAUUCAAAACUCAUUUACUUUCUGAGCUAUCGAAGACCUUCCCUAAUGAGAUUACAAAGUAUAAGGCACUUAGGGGUGGAGAAUAAUUUACUUUUAUCACAAUGGUGACUUUAAUUGAGAUAUAAUAAUAUCUUAAUAUAUGAGUCUAAACUAAAAUAAUAAUAUUAUUGUAAUGUCAUAAAUGGUCAAAAUGUGCCUAAAUGUACAUAAAUGGCUGUCUGAAGAUCGAAGUAACUAUGCUCCAUGCUACCAACUGGGUGUAGUUGCAUUGAAAUGACUCCACCGAUAUUAUACUAAAAUUGGUCUCCACCAAUAAAUCUCAAAUAAGAUGUUUGUAUGUUAAAGCAUAAUAAUAUUUUUUUAUUGCUUAGAUGGGUGGAUGAGCUCAUAGCCCACCUGGUGUUAAGUGGUUACUAGAGCCCAUAGACAUCCACGACGUAAAUGCGCCACCCAGCUUGAGAUAAGAGAUAAGUUCUAAGGUCUCAAGUACAGUUACAACGGCUGCCUCACCCUUCAAACCGAAACGCAUUACUGCUUCAUGGCAGAGAUAGGCAGGGUGGUGGUACCUACCCACGCGGACUCACAAGAGGUCCUACCACCAGUAUGGCAUGAUUCACGAUACAAAUAUAUGUACAUAAGUGUACAGUCAAAACAGCCAGCUAAGAUGAUUUUGCUAGCUCUUAUUUUAUUUAUUAAUUGAAGAGUUCUGGCUAAUAGAAUAUGAAAUUGGUAUUUUUAGAGCAACUGUCAAUUUAUUUUGGUAAGAUAAUUUAUAAGCUUAAACAUAACAGCUUAUGUUUAAGCUUAUGUCAUGGAUUGAGCAUUAAACAGUAAAUACCACAUGCACUGGUUUUCUGCAACAAAUCCUGCCCUUUUAUGUAAGAAAUAAUUGUAGUUCUCGAAACUUUCUACCAUUGGUUUGUUGAUGAGAAAUGAGGUAUGUAGCAAAAAUAUCUUUAAUUAUCUCAGGCCAAGCAAUUAAACUGAAGUAGCAUAUGUAAUAAAAUACUGCAUUACUGUAAUUAUUGUCAAAUUUGUUAAUAAAAAGUACAUGAAAAUAA